UAUUAUAUAAUUGAAAAAUAAUUCAUACGUGUUUGUUCGAUUUUCAUAAGAAUUUUUCAACAGUUCAAAAUUGAAUGAUUACAAAAAUGCCCACGAUCAUAAAACUUUAUAGACAGACGCGAAAUUUGUUAUCACAUGUGUCUCGACAAAUAAAACUUCGUGAGAAAAAAUUCGAACGUUAUAAACACGAUGAUGGUUCUGACGAAAUAAAAGACAUUUUUCUUACUAUGUCAAAUCAUCAUUAUUUACAAAACAUGUAUAGAGCUUGGUUGAAAGACAAAAAUUCUGUACAUUCUUCUUGGAAUGAAUUCUUUCAACAAAUUGAUUCACAAAAAAAUAACAUUAAAUCUACUACUUCACCUGAAAACAAUAUUCCUACAACCGAGUCAAAAAUGACAAAAAUUGAUGUAAAACAAAGGGAAAAAGGACCAGAACAACAAAUUUCAAUGUUACCUAAAACUAAGGGGUCGUCUUUUGAUCAAUCUUCAAGUGAUAAUUAUAUAAACAAUACAUUAGACGUUGAUGCUACGAUUCGUGCUUAUCAGACACGCGGUCAUUUGAUAGCCGAUUUGGAUCCAUUGGGUAUUCAAAAUCCGGAUUCCGUUAAGCUUCAAGGGACUGCCAAGUUGCCACCAACGAUCGUGGUAAGGGAAUAUCUAAAGGGAAUAACAGAAGCUGACAUGGAUAAAGAAUUUUUAUUGACGAAAUCAACAAUGAUCGGUGGAACGAAAACAAGUUUACCAUUGCGUGAGAUCAUUAAGAGAUUAAAUCAAAUUUAUUGCGGACAUUUAGGACUCGAAUACACUUAUAUUCACGAUCCUAUUAUGUUAGACUGGUUAAGACAAAAAUUUGAAGUACCAAAUGCUUGGAAAUUAUCUAACGAACACAGAAUAUGGAUUUGGAAGAAUAUCAUGAAAGCGGUGACAUUUGAAGGAUUUUUACAAAGGAAAUAUAGCAGCGAAAAAAGAUUUGGAUUGGGAGGUUGCGAAUCGGUUAUCGCUGCAAUGAUGCAAUUUUUGGAAACAUCUUCUGAAAAAGGAGUGGAAACCGUGAUGAUAGGAAUGGCACAUCGUGGGCGUUUGAACACAUUAGUUAAUGUAUGUUCGAAACCUUUGCAUCAAUUAUUUACUCAGUUCAAUCCUGUAGCUUUAGAUGGUUUUGGAUCAGGUGAUGUAAAAUAUCAUCUUGGAACGUAUACUGAGAAAUUAUUGGAAAGAAGUAAAAAAAAAAUUCAUGUUUCCGUCAUGGCAAAUCCUUCGCAUUUAGAAGCUAUCGAUCCUGUCGUAGUUGGUCGAAUUAGAGCCGAACAAGUAAACAAGAAAGAUUUUAAAAGUGAAAGAUCAUUGGCUCUUUUAAUUCACGGCGAUGCUGCUUUAGCUGGGCAAGGAGUAGUUUUUGAAACGAUGCACUUAACAAAUCUACCAGAAUAUACAACUGGUGGUGUUAUUCAUAUAGUUAUAAAUAAUCAGAUUGGUUUUACGACCGAUCCGAGAUAUUCUCGAUCCAGUUGGCAUUGUACGGAUGUGGCGAGGGUCAUAAACGCACCUGUAUUUCAUGUAUACGGCGAUGAUCCGGAUUUAGUCGUGUACUGUAGUCAAGUUGCCAGCGAAUAUAGGGCAAUAUUUCAUAAUGACGUUAUGGUCGACGUUGUGGGAUAUCGAAGAUUUGGUCAUAAUGAAUUGGACGAGCCUAUGUUGACACAACCUAUCAUGUACAAGAAAAUAAAAGCUCGUCCAAAUGUUCUGACCAUCUACAGCGAUAAACUUUUGAAAGAGGGCGUGAUAACCGAAGCUUUUGCAAAAGAAGAAACCGAAAAAUACUUAGACCAUUGUGAAACAGAAUUCAAGAAAGCGCAAUCCAUUCAAUCUAUACACAUGUGGGAUUGGCAUGACGUACCAUGGAGCGAAUUCUUUUCAAAUCAAAGUCCGAAAAAUAAGAUUCCAACAUCAGGCAUCGAUUUGGAAUCAAUUAAAAUGAUUUGUAAAGUUUUAUCUACUCCUCCGGAAGGGAUAACAGCGCACAAUGCGGUGUUAAGAGCAAUGAAAAAACGACGAGAGAUGAUAACAGUCAAUGAAAUUGAUUGGGCUAUGAGCGAAGGUUUAGCAUUUCUUAGUCUAUUGAAAGAAGGACAUCACGUAAGAUUAUCCGGACAAGAUGUGGAACGUGGAACAUUUUCCCAUCGAAUGCACAUUAUUCAUGAUCAAAAUAGAGACAAAUUAUAUAAAAAUCUUCUGAAUGAUGCUUUUUCUGGCCAAGCACUUUAUACCGUUUCCAAUUCACCAUUGUCCGAAUACGGGGUUUGCGGUUUCGAGUUAGGAUACUCGACUUACAAUUACAAUUCGCUUAUACUUUGGGAAGCACAAUUCGGUGAUUUUGUUAAUACCUGUCAGGUUACUAUAGAUUGUAUAUUAGCUUCUGGCGAAUCAAAAUGGGGUAGACAAGUAGGAUUAGUUUUGCUUUUACCACAUGGCAUGGAAGGCCAAGGACCUGAACAUUCGUCUGCAAGAUUGGAAAGAUUUUUGCAAUUGUGUGAUGAUGAUAAUUUGCAAAUUCCUGGAACGGAAUCGAAUGCUUCUGGAAAUGAAUUAUCGGAAGAGAUUAUGACACGACAACUUUUUGAAAUUAAUUGGAUCGUUUGUAAUUUGACUACACCGGCUAACUUUUUUCAUGUUUUACGACGACAAAUAUUGAUGCCUUUUAGAAAACCACUGGUAAUUAUGACACCAAAGUCAUUGCUUCGACAUCCAAUGGCGGUAUCGAAUUUCAAAGACAUAAGCCCUGGCACAACGUUUCAACCUAUGAUUGGAGACCAUUCUGUCAAACCAGAAGGCAUUCAAAAAAUACUAUUUUGUUCAGGAAAAGUCUAUUAUGAUCUUGUUCUAGAACGUAAGGAAAAACAAUUAGAAGAUAAAAUUGCAAUAAUACGAAUCGAACAACUAUGUCCAUUUCCAUAUCACCUCGUUAGAAAUGAAUUCACUAAAUAUCCUAAAUGCAAGAUAAUGUGGUUUCAAGAAGAACACAAAAAUCAAGGCCCGUACUAUUAUACAAGAGAUAGAUUAGCGUUAGCUUUACGUCUACGAGUGGAAGAAAUAAAGUAUGGUGGUCGAGCACCUAGUGCAUCUCCAGCAACUGGCAAUAAGCCAAUUUACGUAGCAGAAUUUCAAAGCAUGAUGAAAAUUGCAAUGAAUCUUGAUUGAAGUUCUAAGAAUGAUAAUAAUAAUAAUAAGUGAUUUCCGAAUAUAGUUAUUCAAAUUCAAUAUAUAUAUAUAUAUAUAUAUUAAGAUAUCACUUAAACUCACCAACAUGCACAGAUAUUUCGUUCGUUCUUUUUUCCAACGUGAAAAAAGUAAUCGAUUUGUACAAUUCCACAUCGUAACAUUAUCGUAUAUUUUUACGUUUUGAUGUUAACAAAACAACUGACACAUUAGAAAACGUUAUAAUCAAUGUAGAAGCUCAAAGAGGUGUUAACACAACUGACACGUCUUGAAUACAUGUGUGUUUGUCCUUAGCUAAAGUUUUACACCUCAAACUAAAUACCUCAUCUUAGCAUCGAAGAUAAUUCUUUAACAAACUAGACGCGUCGUCAUUGAUCUCAAAUAUUAUUUUGUUA